GGCUGUAGCGAUUGAGAGCUGCUGAGAUUUAACACUGCAGCACCUGCUGCCACUGGGGGAAGCCGUGUCAAGGCUUCAAUUUUUUUUCUCCUCAUCCUUGGUACCACAUAUCACCGCAACCGUGUCUCGCCAGCGAGCCACCAGGAUGUCCAAGGUAGCCAAAUACCGGCGACAAGUUAGUGAAGAUCCAGAUAUUGAUAGUUUGUUAUCCACUCUGUCUCCAGAGGAGAUGGAAGAGCUGGAGAAGGAGCUGGAUGUGGUGGAUCCAGAUGGAAGCCUCCCUCUGGAGCUCAAGCAGAACAGUCAAACAGAAAAGCACCCACCUGGCCCGCACAACUGCGAUGCAAAGCUCAAUCACUGCGAAAAGGAGACCAAGAAAAUUAUUCAGAGGGAACACUCGAUAGACGAAAGCAGAUCAACAGAGAAGAAUAAGGAAGCCAAGACUGGAGAAGAAAAGGGAAAGGGAGCUCCUUCCAAAGACCUGAAACAAAAUACAGAAGCAGGGAAAGACUCGAAAAAGGAAGAAGGUGUUAAGAAGACAGACCCAAAAGUUAAAGCUGAGCCUGAGAGAAAACCCAAAGAGGAGAAAGCCAUCAAUGACAAAGUCAAGGCCAUGGAGAAAAAACUGAUGGGGAAGGACAAAAAGGAGGAAGAGAAGGGUUCAGCAUUAAAGAAGGAUGCAGGGAAGGAUAAAAAGGAGGAAGAGAAGGGUUCAGCAUUAAAGAAGGGGGCAGGGAAGGACAAAAAAGAAGAAGAAAAGGGCUCAGCAUUGAAGAAGGACACAUGGAAGGACAAAAAGGAAGAGGAGAAGGGUUCAGCAUUAAAAAAGGAUGGAGGGAAGGAUAAAAAGGAAGAAGAGAAGAGUUUGGGAUCAAAGAAAGAGGCAGGAAAAGAUACAAAAGGAGAAGAUAAGAAAGAAAAGGAUAGAAAAGAGGAAGAAAAGAAUUUGGCUUUGAAGAAAUCAAAGGCUGGUGAAAAGGAUAAAUCCCAGCCAGGGCCGGAAAAGGCAGCAGAGAAGAAGGCUGCUCCAGAGCCGGAAGCUGAGACAACCGCAGUGACUGAGAACAGCACCUCCAAGCCCACCGUCAGCCCCCCAGAACAGGCCAAGGACGAUGAGGCCUCCAGCAUUUUUGACGAGCUCAUCGAGAAAGUGAAGAACAACGAUGCUGAGGUCACAGAAGUGAAUGUGAACAACUCAGACUGCAUCAACAACGAGACCCUGGUGCGCUUCACCGAGGCCCUGGAGUUCAAUACCGUGGUGAAAGUGUUCGCGCUGGCCAACACCCGUGCUGAUGACCACGUGGCCUUUGCCAUCGCCAUCAUGCUGAAGGCCAACAAGGUGCUGACGAGCAUCAACCUAGACUCGAACCACAUCACCGGCAAGGGCAUCCUGGCCAUUUUCCGAGCACUGCUGCAGAACAACACGCUGACGGAGCUGCGCUUCCACAACCAGCGGCACAUCUGCGGGGGGAAGACGGAGAUGGAGAUUGCCAAGCUGCUGAAGGAAAACACUACCCUCCUGAAGUUGGGCUACCAUUUUGAGCUGGCUGGGCCUCGCAUGACAGUCACCAACCUGCUAAGCCGAAAUAUGGACAAACAGAGGCAGAAACGCCUCCAGGAACAGAAACUAGCACAGGAACGUGCAGAGAAGAAAGACCUCCUGCAGGUGCCCAAACCUGGAGCCCUGCCAAAGGGAUCCCCCAAGCCUUCCCCGCAGCCAUCCCCCAAGUCUUCCCCCAAAAGCUCUCCAAAGAAAGGGGGAGCACCUGCUGCACCACCCCCACCUCCUCCUCCACUCGCCCCACCACUGAUCAAUGAGAACCUGAGGAACUCACUAUCGCCGGCCACACAGAGGAAGCUGGCAGAUCGGGCGCUGCCAGCCCAGGAGAAGAACUCACGGGACCAGCUUCUGGCGGCCAUCCGCUCCAGCAACCUCAAACAGCUCAAGAAGGUGGAGGUACCAAAGCUGCUGCAGUAGGGAGCGGGAUGGCUCUCCCACACGCAGCCUGCUGUGGCAGACCCUAGGACACAUGCCUUUCUCGUGACUGUUUCCAUGACAAGCCCUUUGGGAGCCUGCAGUGACUGAUGCCGAGGAGCAGUGAUCUCUCUGGGAGUGACAGAGGAGGGACCAGACCUGAGGAGGGCCAGCACGGUCAUUUGAUGCAGUGUGUGAGGAAGAUGUUGUAUUUAUUGUUUUUAAGUUUGUGAAGCCCUAAAGCUCUUUCUUUCGCCAGCACUGUGCCCACCUCCAUCUGGCAACCUGGAGAUGCUGAGAAUAGAGGAUAGGCUGCAAAAUCCAGGGGAUGGUGGGCCGUUCCUGCUUCCACCCAGAGUUGUUGGACAUCCCAGAAGACACCAGCUGAGCUUUGCUAAUGGCACCCUGUCACAUCCGUGUUCACAUACGGGUCUCUGCCCCGUGUGGCUCUACGUGUGCACAGCAGCACGUGCAUGGGGGAAGCUCUGCCAAGAGGGAGCGAGCAGGGGACUGGGCUGAGCCCCCGCCUGCAGCUCUGCAGCAGUGGGACAGGGGAUGAGGUAGCCCAGGAGGAUGGCACGUAGGCAGCUCCCUUCACCUCUGAGCAUCAGCGUCCCCAGCCUCCUGGCGAGGGGAGAGGAAGCAUGUGGCGGAAGGGAGCUAAUGCUGGAGGCCAACGAGAUCCAACGUGAUGCCAAUAGCAGCGCAAUGAUGCAGAGAGGGUUGCAGAGCUUCGUAGGAAGCUCCCUCAGAGCAUGCCAAAGGGGAUGUGACAACUCGCAGCCCAGCUCGCCAGCAGGACUCCACUCGCACCAUGAGCCGCAGCGGUCCACGCUGGGAAGAGUAGACAUAUCUUCCCAGCUAGCUGCCAGCCUUGUUCUUCAAAGGGGCUGGAGACGGCUAGACCAUCAUCACCGCAGGCUGCCCACCCCGGCUUCCCCGGGGGUCUCCGAGCGGCCAGGAGAGUCACGGGGCUCGAGCAGAGGCCUUGAGGUUGCCAGGUCCCAGAGGUUAGGCUUGACGGCAGGAGGCGUCCGUUGCGUGCAGGGGGCUAAGAGGAGGAACAGCCAGGAAGAGAGCGAAGACAGAGGUGACGGAGCAGGAGACGGGAGCCGAGCCGUGACACACCCGCAGCUCCGGCCAUGGCGACCGCGGGCGCCGCAGCCGCGCGGGGCCGCCGGCCGCCUCCUCGCUUCCUCUCACCGCUCGCAGCACCUUUGGGACGCUGUUAGGAAGGUCGGAGCGUGGGGACCCGUCUCCUCCGUGCCCAGGGCCGUCCUUACGCCCCGGCAGGGGAGCGGCAGGGCGUGCUGCCGGGUCGUGUACCGCCGGCGAGCUGCCUCACCGCUGCCACCUCGCUUCGGGUCUGCCGCGGGGCGCGGGCGCGGGCUCUCGCUGUGGGUCCCUUCCGCCCCACGCCACCACCGCACCGAGCUGGGCUGCCGAGCGGGGCCGCGGCGGCCGGGCAGCUGGCGGGACGGCGCCGCACCGGCGCGGUCGCGGAGCCACGGCGCGGGUUUGGCGGGCGGCUCGGGCGGGCGCCGGCGGGUCGCGGCGCGUGGGGCGAGCGAGGCCGAGCGCCCCGCGUCGCGCCCGGCGUGAAACCGGUUUGCGGCUUGUACGGCCACCGCAUCAGCAAUAAAGUUCACCAAA